UAGACAAUCAAAGUUCAAGUGUUGCCAAUCAGAUGCCGCCAUCUGAGCAUUGCUUCAUCUUGUUAUCCGCCACAGUGCUCAUAGCAUUGAGGAUUUCAUUAUCAAAUAUCAACCCACCAUUUCAUUACUGGCAAAAAAUACUUUCACUUUGUUUCAGAUGAUCUUCGAAAAAUUUUCCCUAGCUGAAUUUAAAAUCAUUCAGGGUUCAUCAAAGCACACAAUAACCACUCACUGGCGUAAGGAAAUUCUCACUUGCUGAAUCAACACAAAUCGUUGAAGAACUAUACAACGUAAAGCGAAACAAUAUCCUUUACGAAAAUUUAUUAACCCAAAGUUUCAUCCCAGCAUACUGGGUGAAAUUAUUCUCGUGUUAUAAUCUAAGGGAAGUCAAAUAAAUAAAAGGACCAUAAAAACACAAGAAAAAAAUGGUUGUUAAUGAAAAGGUUGCAGUAGUAGAUACAAAUCCAGCCCAAAAUUAAAAAAGAUAAUUGAUAAGAAUUGUUGAUCAAAUGCUUUAUAUUCGACUAGGUUCAUUUACCAGAAUUCUAAUGUGCCUGAACCAAUCAAGUCAAUUUUCAUAACGCUUUUCAAGAUUAACAUGUUGCCAAGGAGAACGUUAGAAGUGUUUCAAGGUUGGAGAGGCACAGGUAGGAAGGACACUUUUCUGAAGGUUCUGAAGAGGGCACCUCUAAGAAAAGGGGAAUUUCUCCAAAUACUGGGGUGCAAUAUUCGAUCAUUCAUGUGGGCAUUUUUUGAAAGAAAGUAUUUGAAAUAUGAAUGGCGAACAAAGAAUUGCCAAAAUAAGGAAGCACAUCAGAAGGUGUUCUACUUUGCAUCGCUAAUUCUACCCAUUGCAAAUAAUUUUCAUAAAAUAAUUUUCAAAAUUAUCAAAAAUUGACAUGCCCGUUGUCCCGCGGCUACAACGUCCACGGGGGACAUUUUUGAUCCAACGUACGCUGUUGGAACAUGUUCGAAAUGAGGCCAGAUUUUUGGCGGGAAACAAAGGCCUCCAUUUUGAAGAACGAUCAACUGGAACUGGCCUACAACACAAGACAACAGCUCAAGAUGUGGCUAAUGAAAGACGAAGGUGGGGGCCAGGCACGGGAAUUCUUUAUAGUUCCUGGACAGGAAUAUGUAAUUGGACGAAAAGAUUGCAGGAUUUUGCUUCAAAAUGACUCUUCAAUAAGCCGAAAACAUUCUGUCAUUAAAACUGGAGAGCCAUAUACAAAGGAAAGUUCAGAAAUAACUCUAACAGACUGCUCAAAAUAUGGCACUACAGUCAAUGGAAUAAAAGUCACAAUACCUGUGUCUCUAAAAGAAGAUGAUGUUAUUUGUUUUGGCCAAAGUCAUCACAAAUUCAGGCUGCUGAAGUAUCCAAUUAUUGUGGCAAUGUCUUGCAUAAAUGAUAAAAAACAGAAGUCAUCAUUAAGAAGGGAUGUCUUCAGAUUGGGAGGUGAAAUUGCAGCAGAAUUAAAUGCAAGUUGUACUCAUUUGAUAAUGGAAAAAAUAACAUUUACAAUAAAAGUUGUAUGUGCAAUUGCAUCUGCCUGCCCGAUUGUUACGCCAGAUUUUUUUGAGAAUCUGGUGAAAGUUGUUGAAGAUCCUUAUAAACAGCCAGAUAAUACUGCAAUAUAUAUUCCAGAGGUCGCAGAGCCAUCACUGAUAAACAAAGAUCUCCUUUUCCAGCCAAAUGUUAAGAGAAAGACUAUCUUCAAUGGAAAAAACUUUCUGUUUUUAUCCAAAAAACAGUUUGCAAGGCUAUCACCUGCCAUCAUAAUGGCAGGAGGAAGAGCAGAGCUGAAAGAAGAAAUCGAUCCGGAAACGCUGAGGUCUUUCCCUCCAGACAGCAUGGUGAUAAUGACCCCAGAGCGUAAAGAUGAACUCGCAGCAAACGUAAAGCAGAGGGAAUUUUUUACGUCUAUUAAAAACGAAAUGCAUCGUUUAAACUUGCGAACAGUUAAUGAGUCUGAAGUUGGCUUGGCAAUCCUUCACUUAUCGCUUGAAAAUUACUGUAAUCCACGACAUUCAACAGAUAAUUCAAAUACCAGCAGAAUGCAUUCACAAGCGAUACACGACACAAAUUUUGAGCAUACUUGUCAGAGAAACAUUAAGGCAAAUACAAGUACGGAAACUAACCACGAAAUAAGCAAGAAUGACGCUCAUUCCAAAAAGCAAAACGAUAUUCUGGCAUCUGACAGUCAAGCUGAACAGGAAAAGAAAAGGAAGCGAUUGUCAGACACCUCUAUGUACGUUACCGAUACGGUACCACUGGAUGGAACUCUGCCUUUCCAUUUGGCAAAAAGAAGUAAGAGGGGCAGCAGUGAUGAUCAGAAGGAGCCAGAGGUGCCUACAGAUGUUGGUAGAAAUACAUCUGUUGUUGGCGAACAGGAGAAGCACAAGAAGGAAAGCAGACAUGGUGGUGCCAAGAAAGAUUCGUCUGCUUUUCAUGGGGGUAAGACCAGGCAAGAAGAGGAAAUUGAAGACAUUGCAAACAGCAUUUUCGAGAACGAUGAUGGUUUCGAGGAGGCCUUAUUUGCUGUGGAUACGGAAAAUAGGACGAUGGAUGUACGCGAUAAAAAGUCAACGGACAAAAGCCCUGGGAUAAGGAACACGGACAAAAGUCGCGUUGCAGAAAGCCAGUUUUGGGGUAAUCUGGAUAACGAAAGUAAUAGAAAACAGCUGGCGGAGAACGCUGGUUUCCAUGAUGUUUGUGAUACAAAUAUGGAUCAGACAGAUCAAGACACCCAACAUUCUAAAAGUAAUCUUAAAGACGCUUCAGGCUGGAUGUCAGUCCAUGAAAAGUCAGCGAAAGUUAAAGUUGGUUUAAAAGAUGAAGAGGCUGCAAAAUCAGAAGUUUCUCGUGUUUUAGAAAGUCAGUUCACUGAGGGAAAUCGAAAUAGCCAACAAGAACCUACCCUAGAAAGCAAGGACAUAAUCAAAAUUGGAAUGGAAGUGGAAUGUAGCUCAAGAAAAACAAAUGGGCUAGAUGGUUUUAGUGCGAAUGUGAGGUAUGAUGAUGAUGAUGCUGAUACCGGUGCCAAUGCUGGUGCAAAUGUUGCAGAAACACCGUCCCUCUCAGGUUUCAAAAGUGCAAAAAUGGACCAGCGAACAAAUGACAUCAAACCGGAAAUCGACCCUGACCAACCAAAUGCAUCAACAAUUGUCAGAUUCUCAACGUUAGUCGUCAAACGGGUACAAAAACAACAACAGUUGUCUUCAGCAGACCUGAACGUAAAAAAUUUCAAAAAGUUCAAAAAGGCCUUCUUUCCUGGAAAAGACAGAGUAAUUCCAAAUAUAAUUGGCGGAAGUGAUUUGGCUCCUUUCAAGUCUGAAGAUCAAAGCAAGAACGACCUUUUUGAAGAGCUUAGAGCGGCAUAUGCUAGAGAAGAACGGGAGCAGAGAGAAGACGAUGACCUUUUCAAAGUCGAUCUUAAACCAAAACAAAAGACAAAAAAGCUGACAGCUCGCAGCUAAUCCUUCAAAGGACAUUGUUAGACUCUGACAGAACACUUUGACAGAAGAUGUUGGCAGACGACUCAUCGGGUUGAUGUAUUCAGCCUAAUUCAAAUCAAAGCUGCAAUGUGUACUGCGGCUUGGCCUCCUGUGUAUUAUUAUUCUCAGCAUUUUCAUGAAUUUGAUCUUGCCGUCUUUUAAAGUACAACCUGCACUCCAAAACCGACAAGCAGAAAGAAUUCUUUGGGCCUGUUGAAGUAAUUUUCUCAACAGUACCUGAUAAGACAUGCCACAAUUCCAACAUUAGUAAGAGGCGAACCUAAUCCGACGAAUUAAUACCUUUUAAUCCUAAUUGCUCAAUGUAAUGCCAAAUUUCUAAGAAUCGUUUGGUUUCCUAGAUGGGUGGUAUGUUGUUCUAGUUUUUUAUAUUCUUUGUAAUGAGUGGCUAUAGCCCUUUAAGAUUAGGAUCAGUGGUAGAUAAGUCCAUUUCACAAGGAAAACAAAUCGUAUGGAUGUUUUUCACUUGGUUUUCCAUCAACUCCUUAGGCUUUUUUAAACCAUAGUCUGUAGUUUUCCCAAAUGAAAUUGAUUGUUUUAAUCAAAAACGUUGAAAAGACUUUCUGCCUUUGGUUGCAAGACUUUGCAACGUCUACUCGAAGUCAUUUGAGGGACAAAAAUGAGAGAGGAAAGGAGAAAAAGAAGAGGAGAAGGGUGCAAAAACUAGCAAUAUAGAAAAGUAUUCAGAAUCGUCAAGAAACACAGAAACAUCAGAAAUUGCCACUUACGUAUUGAAAGAUAAGGAGCAAAGGCCUUAUUGCCUCUCUCCUGUUAGCUAUGUAACGUACUUGGACGAAGUACCCAAGAUGAAGCUAGCUAUACUUACAACGUUAAUUUUGUUUAUAUGUGAUUUUAUCUGUACAGAUUUUGUGGAGAGUAUAUUUGGUUCAAUAAUUGUCUACAGUGAUUUUGGAAAAGCUUUACCUGUUUUGUUAGAUGUUUUUCUUUCUGUAACCGUACGUUUCUUGUCUUUUGUUGAUAUAAAUGCUACCUAUGUGUGUCAUUCAAAUUUAAUCUUCCUGUAUUAUGAUGGGAAUAGAUACGAUUGAUUUGAUGGAAAAUCCAGAUAACCUUUUAAAAAAAUGUAGUGAAAAUUUGAAAAAUUCGAAGAAAUUAAUUUCUAAAUGGCUUUGAAAAAAGCAAACAUUUAGUAAACUAAAACUUUUCGUCUGACACUCUUCAGAGUUUAAAACGUCAGAACAUUCUGCCUUGAGAUGACUUUUUGACGACUCUACCGGGGGGAAUAUUUGCAAAUGCAUAAAUGAACAGCUUUUCAUGCUUUCUCGUCCCAAAUGCUUUAACUCUAAAUUGCAUUAAAGAGAGCCCUCAACAAAGACUUUAUUGGUUGAGAAAAAUCAUUGCAGUACUUGUGGCCUGUUGUUUGAGUACACUCUCAAAUUCUUACUUUACACGUGCUCUCUUUCUAGAGUUCUCUAGAUGGCGACCUUAUCAGAAGUUGCUUUAGAAGCCCUGCAAAAGAGGCGUGAAGUGAGCAGAGAACUCUUUCCCCCAUACAUUUAUGUAAUCUUUAACCAAACUUUAUCUACACUAUGGCCCCCUCUACUUUGAAGUUGACGACACCGCCCUAGAGAUCCAAACAGAUGGAACAAACAAAAAGAUCUUGCUGUUUCUAAUCAAAUUAUUUAUUGUCUCUAAGUAUUUUAGGGGAAACUUCUACCAAAAUAAGUUUUCAUUAGUAAAUCCCUACUUGAUUUACUAAUUAGCAUUCUAUUUGCGAAUAUGAUUAUCAAAAUGAAAUUUAAGAUUCAAUAACUGAGAGAAGUUCAAACCAAGGUAACGAUAAUCAAAUCUGGCUCGACUAGAAUAUAUUUAGAAGCUUGUGAGUUGGUCCUUAGUUGGAUAUUCAAAACUCAAACCGUGUAGUUUAAUUAACCUCGUUGUUAUAAUGUUACCGGAUUAAACGAUAACAAGAUAAGCCUCGCCAUUGUCAAGUUGCUUCUAUGCAACUACUGUUUUUGCAAUCCUUAUAUGGCUAAAAUUUAAUUCCACGAAUUCAAGAUUGUACAAAUUCUACAGCACUUUAAGUUAAGAUGAGGUUGCUCUGUAGCAUUUUGCCUUGUGUUUGACAUUUUUUGCGGUGUAUUCAAUGUCCUUAUCUUGCUUCAACCGAACAUCUUGCUUUGUCUAGGAUCAUUUUGACCCAUCUUUGCUCUUUGGUUGCUUUUGAAAGGAACUCAUCAAGCCGUCUUAUCAAGGAUAAAGGAAACACAGGGCGAGCAUUUAAGGCAUUCCUUUCCAUCGUGAAGCAGCCUCAGUUUACUCGUAGCACAGUCAAGGCCUGGCAGAUCUUCCGUGGGAAGGCCUCUCGUCCUCGGUGCAGCAUCAAGUAUCGCCCAGAUAUAUAAGACCGCAGAAUCAGCCACUAUGACCCGUCUUCAUUCAAGAAGAAAGAAGAAGAGUCCUUUUUCUCAGGCCAAAGCCACUCAUCCGAAAGUAGUUUUCGGACAAUGAGAAGCUCAAUGAUUAUUAGACAAUGAUUAUCGAGCAGCGUUCUGGCCCUUUCUCUCGAUGUGACCACAUCUCAUGAUUCAUAUACUUGGAAUUACAGAAAGCUGGUAACUCCCCUCACUCAGGUUGAAAGUUCGGUCAUGUCAGCAACUCAAACCCCAGACCCUUGUUUCUGUAGACUUUCACCGUUUUGGAUUUUUUCAUUUUAUUAAUUUUUCGUUUGAUUAAUUUUACUUUAUCAACCGCAUUCAGUUUCUCAGCAAGUUUUUUUUUCACCCGCCAUUUUUUCUUCGCCAUUUCUUAGUUGCUUGUGUUCAGAACACUGAUAUGAACAUGUUUUUAAUCAAAAGCUGCUAUAAUCGCAGGGAUUUCAGUAUAAUUGCAUCAAAUAUCUAUUGGCGUUUCCAGUCAGAAGCAUGAUUGUGUCCUCAAACUGAAAUCUAACAAAAAGAUAUGUCCGUUGUUCUUGAACAUUGUAGGUUCAAGUUGAAAAAAGCAUACGUUUCUUUUGCCACUAAAAACAUUUGCUUUAAAAAGAUCCAGUCUCAAUCAUUUGCCCAGGGCAGCAAAACAUCCACAAAUAUCAUUGAUAGUUUCAAUUAUAAAUUUCCUUUACUUACAAAAAGCAUCGCUCCAUAGAGUGCCUGGGAAGUUUGCUUUGAAGGUCUUAAAGAGGAUUUGAUGACAACGUUAAGAGACAGGAGGCAGGGGCGUUGUAGCUCCUAGAAAAUGGCCGGGAGAAAAUAAUCGCAAGGCGACCUAUUUUCAGAGGGCAUCUGCCAUAAUUCAUAAAGGUGUUAAACCUUUUUUGCGAAAUUACCAAAUCAACAAAACUGUUCUAGACCUCUUACCUUCGUCCUUUUCCAUAUCAACAACUUUCCCCCCUCUUUUGGAGAGCGAUAUUUUUGAUAAAGUUGUUAUGUCAUUCUCUAAAACGGACAUUAUCUCACUUGAAAAAGGAAAAGAAGAAAAAACACACACGACUCAUCAAGUAAUGCUCAAAUUGCCCUAAUGCGUUAGUUUAGAAAUUUGACACGAAGGGAGUGGAAAACGAAAAUUUUCUUCGCAUUCACAAUUUUACGAGGCUAUAGUAACCAAAAUUCGAAUAAGUGCUACCUUUAAUUUGUAAAAUUUAGUCAAUUUGACAUACUACACACUUUUUGUUCUAGUGUUGCUCUUAUCUAAAGGGGUGCAAAAUUGAUCGUUCACGGUACUGUUAGAAUAAAUAUGAUCGUAGAUGAAGUUUAAGCGCAGAACAGUCAAAAUGAAAAUAUUUGCAUCUUUUUGCCUAUCUGUGUUUUUUGCUUUGAAUAACGUUGCAAAUGGCCUCGUGUUUUAGCAGUUUUUCCGUCUCUUUUGUCCUCUUUUAGUUGAGACGAUCUCGUAUUAUUGAUCUUCACAAUUUAUUUGAUAAGAUCGCAGAGUUUCCAGCCUAGCUUGUCGAUUUUGGCGUUUGCGUGAUUGAGGUACCCCCCAUCUAAAAAGUCAUCCAACGCCUCAAGGGACCUAGUUUGAGGAUUUGCGGUAUUUUUGAUAGCAAAGUACCCUCCAACAGGUCCCCAAAGCCUCUUUCUAACAGGCCAUCUUCUGUUUGAUGUUCAUUCCUUUCAAAUCCAAAGCACACAUUUACGAGACCCACUUUGUGAAUGUUGCCAUCCAAGUCUCUCAUUCUAAACUUCUAAUAUGGGUCUAAUUAUUUCACCAAUAUUUUAUUCAGAAAGAAUAUUUUCUUUGGUUUUAACAAAAUCACUUGUAAGGGCACAGAGAAAUGUUUCGGUGGUCUGCCUGGCCACAACGGCCCUGACAGGAGGAAGGUGGCAGUAUGAAAUAUAUACUUCAGAGAAUCAUAUAAUUGAAGUGACAGAGAAUAAAUGAAUUUACAAUUACUACUCUUUCUUUGCUACUCAUGAAUUGAGCUAGUCUUUUGAUUGCAUUUAACUGUGUGGCAGCUUUUUUGCAGACUUAAUCAAUAUGCGAGUCAAAUUUGGGUUGUUCAUUGAUUUCAAUUCCAAGUAGAGCUUCUUACGCUAAGGUGUGACACUUGAGACGUCUGGGCUUCUCCGAAUUGACAAAGUUUUGCUUGCUAUGCAUGGUACUUAAGCAAAAAUGUCAAGCCUGCCAACAGCUUUUUGUGUCUUGAAACAAGUAAAUGUGCUUGGGCCUCUCAAAAAAGUCACUUAUAGUUUUGAUUAUAGUUGUAGUACUAGGCAUAAGGCCCCACAAGGAAAUAUAUUUUAAUUUUGAUUGUCUGAUUAAAAGAUAUUGAAUGAAUUUGGGGAAUAACUUCAGGAACACCAGUAAUUUUAUAAAUAACAAGCAAGCACAAAACAAAAUAAAGCUUUUAAAUUCAAUUGUGUUGUUUUGUAUCUAUAAGGCAUUAUUUAAGUCAAAAAUAAGAAGUUCAAUUGCCCAUCUGAAACUGUGCAAUAAAGGUAAUGGAGUGAUUCUAAGGGACCACACUGAUAACUGUAUUAAAAUAGAGAAGACACAAGUAACCUACCAAAGUUGUUAGGAAAACAGCUAAAAUGUUUCAGAAUAAAGGCAGAUGAUAUAAAACCAAUCACCUGUAAGAAAGGCAGUCUAAAACAGGAAAUUUUUCACAAAGUUUUUUCAAACCUCAUGUACAGUAAAUUCAUAAAGUUACAAUCUUGCUCAUUUGCUCAAAAGCGGUAUUUUGUUUCAUAUGAUACGUAGAACCAAGACAGUCAAUUAACACAAGUUAUACAAGUUAAUUUCCUAAUUAAUCAUAUUUACAUUUCAGUCAUUAAUAAACUCUUAAAUUUUGCUUUUAGCCUUCUUCUUCCAAACUGGCUAUAACAUAACUUAUAAAAGCUUCUUUAAUUUCUGGAAGAAAUCUUGCUUUUAUUUGCCAGGGGCAGUAACUAUAAUACAACCCUGGGAAUUUAAUCAUAAUAUCUAUCUAUAAUAAGUGAAACAUUUUUACCAUUGCUUAAAGGUUGAUUUGACAGUAAAAGACAUAAAGCUGAGGGCUGCAUACAUUAAAUCAAUAAACGGCGUCCUUUUCUUCUUUUAUAUGAAAAUAUACGCUCACUGGACCAUGUGACGUCUGUACCACUUCUGAAUGGGUGAUUAGAAAUAUUGUGGCAACUCCAUAAAAUAAAGUAGGGACACCCAAGUUAAUUACUUUCAAAAAACCAAACAACUUAUUUUCUAAAUCGAGAUCUUCGAACGGUCUUUUUGUACAAUGGUAUUUGAUGUACGGAAAGCACCCGGUUCGUAGCACAUGGUAGUUUACGCCAUCGACAGGCCAGUUGAAGUGCGAUAGUCCAAAUUGGUCGUUCACAACAUCUUUGCGAGGCACAAAGAACGAUGUCCAGUAAGGUAACUUGCGUUGGAUAAGAUGAUUUGUUAACACUUCUGAUACAACAGGCCGCAUAAUUCUAAAUU